UGCAGCCCUGGAAGAAAGCGUGAUUUUUCGCCAGUGCUUUGGAGCCAGUACUUUGAAUCCAUGGAGGACGUUGUGGUAGAAAAUGAAACUGGCAAGGAUACUUUUCGAAUUUACAAAAGCGGAUUGGAGGGGCCUGUCUUACUGCUGCUACACGGUGGAGGCCAUUCUGCUCUUUCCUGGGCUGUAUUUACUUCUGCAAUCAUCAACAGGAUUCAGUGUAGGAUUGUGGCUUUAGAUCUCCGAGGCCAUGGGGAAACAAAAGUUAGGAAUCCUGAAGAUCUGUCUGCAGAGACUAUGUCAAAAGACGUUGGAAACGUGGUUGAAGCUCUGUAUGGGGACCUUCCUCCCCCUAUCAUGCUGAUUGGGCACAGCAUGGGGGGUGCCAUCGCAGUGCACACGGCGGUCGCAAAUUUGGUGCCAAGUUUACUGGGUCUGUGCAUGAUCGAUGUUGUGGAAGGUACAGCCAUGGAUGCGUUGAACAGCAUGCAGAACUUCUUAAGGAGUCGUCCCAAAACAUUCAAGUCACUUGAGAAUGCCAUUGAGUGGAGUGUAAAAAGUGGACAAAUAAGAAAUCUUGAAUCUGCCAGAGUUUCUAUGGUUGGUCAAGUCAAACAGUGCGAAGGGGCUGCCAGUCCUGAAUGUCCUAAAGCCAUAGUGGAGGGUAUUAUUGAAGAAGAGGAGGAGGAGGAAGAGGAUGAGGAAGGGGGAGGCUCUGUCAACAAAAGAAAGAAAGAAGAUGACACAGAGACAAAGAAGGAGCACUUAUACACGUGGCGAAUUGAACUGGCGAAAACAGAAAAGUACUGGGAUGGCUGGUUCAGGGGUUUGUCUAACCUCUUCCUAAGCUGUCCAACUCCAAAGCUUUUGCUUUUAGCUGGUGUUGACAGGCUGGAUAAAGAUCUAACAAUUGGACAGAUGCAAGGGAAGUUUCAGAUGCAGGUCCUCCCACAGUGUGGCCAUGCAGUCCAUGAAGAUGCUCCAGACAAGGUUGCUGAAGCUGUUGCGACGUUCCUGAUCCGUCACAGGUUUACAGAGCCCAUCGGUGGAUUCCAGUGUGUGUUUCCUGCUUGUUAAUACCCUGGUGUUCUCCAGCACUGAGUCCUGUUGUAAAUAAACUGCACCAGAGGCCACUGUGAUGUAUCCAUAUCCUUUCAUCCCUCCAGUUCAGCAGCAGUGAGAAGUUGGUGUGAGAUUCAUCCCCUAGAACUAGUUCUCCAGAAUGUGUAAAUGCUUUAGGGACUUCCUUGCUGGGAAGCAGCUUGUACUGAAGACCAUGAAAAGCUCUUCAGGCCCUUGGAAGCGGGCUCCUCUCUGCUGCCACAAGGAAAGACCUCCUGAAAUCCCAAGUAGUCGAUCAUACCGAUCUCCAUCGAUUCUCAGGCUUUCUUGGACCCAACGGCAAAGGGGCCGUUGGCAGUCCAGAUCCACCGAGGGCAUUGCAGCAUAGCCAAAGGCUUCGGGAUUUCUCCAUGGAAUCGUCUAAUCGUCUUUGAAGUGCCCCUUAGGUUUGUUUUUUAUAUACACGUUUCUUUCGCCUAAAGCAGAUGAGGAAUCGGCUUCGUUGGGAGCUCAGGUUUCGUCUCACCGAUGCCAGCCUUAUGAGUUAAGCUGCGGGAACAGCCUAGAUGCUACUUCCCUGUGCAAAGUUGGACAGGACUGUAAAACAAAAAGGCGAGGGGGGACCGUGAGCUCCAUUUGAGUCUUGCAGCUUUCUUAAUACUUGUUUCAAGUUCUCACUGAGAAAAAUAGCCUGGAUAACUCCGUCUACUGCAGACACAUAACAGGCAGAGGACUCUGGGCCUGCGUUUAUGGGGAAGACCCAAGAGCAGCAGUAACAACGUGGUCUGCAGGCAGUUUGCCUGCUUGGCCCUUCUCUGUGCCUGGAAUGUGUUUAUGCUUCCCUUCUUGUAGCUGCUACACACAACUGAGCAGAGAUCAGCGCCUUUUGGAUGAAAAAAAUGCAAAAAGUGCAGUAGAUAAAACCCUGGAAGAGCUUGGAGUCAGUCCUGCUGAUGUUGAUGCAGAGGUGUAGGCAGCUGCUGCUGCUGCGUUAUGCUCCCCCCAGUAUUGGAGGAAAGACCUUGUUUUCACCGUCGCUUCCUAGAUCGUUUCGCUGCCUGCCUUCCGUAUUUCCAUGUAAAUGCAGUAGUUACACGGAGAGCUUUUCUUCAGGGUUAUAUUAUCCACAGACAGUUCGUCAGAUUGCUUUCACCUAAGAAUCACUCUUGAGCGUAAGAGCAGACACGUUUUGGAGCAGUUUUCCUCAAUAUUUUGCUUGCGGAUGUCUGAAAUAUCUUUCUUUUUUUUUUUUUUUUUUUUUUGCCUUGUGUCCAUAACCCCUUGAUGCUGUAUGAUGAAAGCAGUAUUUUAACGCUGUUUUGCUGAGGCAGGGUUCUGUUGUUGGCCUGAUUUGGGAGCUGCGAUGUGCAUCUAUGCGUACGUCCUGCGACAAGAGCCGUCGUGAAUUCUUGGCAUUCGAGAGGUGCGGGUGGGGCAAAGGGAGACGGUGCGAAGAGCUGGCAAAGCCCGGUUUAACUUUGGCGUUUACCCUGGUGGAGAGCCACUCGCCUCCUCUGAUUCAUUCGCAUGUGAGCCCUGGACACAGCAGUCACGGCCUUGCUCUGUGUCCUUUCCCCGACACAUCAGGGUGGGAAAUGCCCGAAUUAGAGAUGAGAAAACCUCAUUCCAGAGAGCUCUCCUCUCUCCUGGCGCUUUGGCCAUCGGCACUCAGGUGUUCAAAGAGCAAUUGCUGGCUCCUGGCACUUCCCUCCGUAAGUCACCGUGUUAAUUAUCGCAUUAGUUCACUGUGACCUAGACGUAGCGUCCACCCCUGGUUUAGUUGCUGAUGGAUUAAAUGGGUCUUCAGUAGUUGAGAUACAAAAUAGCACUUUCCCCAGCUGUAUCCUGAAGAUUGGCAAAAUUCUCAGUCCUUUUCCAGAUGACUCCUGUCUUCAAAUUGUUAAGAGACUAAAAUAAUAGCGGGUGUCCAGAGUCUCACUUCACGGGAUAGUUAAGCAUGUGCCUGUUGUCAUACUCAUGAAUGAUCUCGGUAAAGUCACAUUCCUCUGUGCUGAAGUAACUUGGAGGAUCUGGCUUCGAGUGAUUCGUUGCGGUAACUCCUUGCGUUUGCCUCUCAUGUUAUCCCUUUCAUUUGCUUUUACAGUUUGGGAGAUAUUAAAAAAAAAAAAAAAAAGCCUCCAUGGAAGGCAAAAGAAAAUCAGUUUUGUAUUCUGUAGAAACACCGUUGGAAAAUGAAUGACUGUUUCUGAAUCCUGUGGGCUCCCCAGAAUUAUAUUUUGUUGUUAACGUUUGAGAAGUGAGUGACAAAAUAAAUAUUUCAACAGCC